GCUAAGGAUUGGGAUUGGGUGGACAGAUGGCCCAUGAAGGCAGCACGCGGGAGGGAAGAGGAGGCUCUUUUAGCUCACCUUAAAAUGCCUCAUUUCACACUCUCUUUUCGUCUCUCUGUUCACAGAUUUGGGAGAAAAUCAACACACAGAGAAAAGACGGGGGGGAGAGUUUGAGGGUAAGGCUCUGUGUUGUUGGAGAGCCAAGAAUUCACAACUGAAUCCAACUUCACACACCCCUCAAAGAAAAUUACUCUCUCAAGUCUUCAAAGAAUUUGUUUUCUCUCUUCCUCUGUCGACGUUGGUAAGAAAACUCACAAAAGGGGGUUUAGCGGAGGGAUUUAUGUCUUCUGAGCCUCAUCUGUUUUCUAGAGCUUUGAAGCAGCUCUGGUUUUCUUCUUCGUCUCUGUUUUUUGUACUUCACAUGCAAUUUGGUUCCUGGCAACAACAAAGUAUUCGACCCUUUUUCAUGCAAUUAAGAUCAAAUCGGUCUUGUUCUGGAGUGAAGGGGUUUCAAGAUUCUAUCAGAUAUCAUAUUCUCUUUUCAAUUUUGGUUCAUUUUUGUUUCAUUGUUUUUGGUUUUCGUUGACAUUAAAGAUCACCUAAAGCUUCCUCUGCCUUCCAUUUCUCUCCCUUUCACCUUCUCAAUUUUUCAUCCUUUUUCGUAAAACAAGUUUUGCCCUCGUUUCUUUAUUCAUUAUAGUUUGAGGAUUUGACCACAAAACGUCCGGAUUCUGAAGUUAGUUUUCAAUUCGAGAUAUGUAUGGUAAAGAAGAGAAGAAAAUGAAGCAACUAAAAGAAGGAAAGUCCAUUUCUAUGAGGAAAGUUCGUGUACUGUUUCAUGAUCCUGAUGCCACUGACUACUCAAGCGAUGAAGAUGAACAUGUCAGUCAAGGGGCUAAGAAGAUUGUUUGGGAGAUAUCGUUUCCAGGCAUUCACCGGAAGCCAACGGAGGUGAGCUCACAGAAAGAAAGGGCUGAUGGAGUCAAAUUCAGAGCCAAGACUGAAGUAAAAGAAAGCAGUAGAAGAACGCAGAGAUCCUCGUCGAUGUAUAAAGGCGUUCGACGAAGGAAAUGGGGGAAAUAUGCAGCAGAGAUUCGCGAUCCCUUUCGCGGUAGAAGAUUAUGGCUCGGUACUUAUAACACCGCAGAAGAAGCUGCUGUUGCUUAUCAGAGAAAGAAGCAUGAGUUUGAAAGUAUGCAAUCCAUGGAGAAUUACAGCAGUGAACUAAGUGGAGGGAAAUUUGAAGAGAAGAAGAUCAAAUCACUUGUUGAUGACACUGCUGAAUCUGAAGAAAUUAUAGCUAUGUUUUCUCAUCCUUCACCAUCUUCUGUACUUGAUCUCUGUACUGGAAGUUUAAGCAGCAAUGGACUCAAGAAUGUAAUUGAAGAAUUCAAAGUGGAUCAAACUAGGGAACAUACAAUCACCAAAAAGAGUAAGCCUGUGCAAGAUGGAGCUGAAAACAUGCUGGAAUACAUCUGUAAAGAUGAGCAGCACAUUUCCAACAUUCUGGAAGAGGCACCGAUGUCGUCGAUGCGGAUGCCAAUACCGCCAUUAGGUGGUCGGGAAAUGGACUUUCAAGUACUUGAAGACAAUGCAAUGAUCUGCAAUGAUUUCGAUCAGUUAUCCAACGAUAUGAACUACAUAGACAAUUGUACUCUAUACAACAUUGAUAACAGUCUCGGGGCAAUCGAUCUUCCUCCAAUGGACAUAGAAUUUGACAAAGAGUUUUCUUGGUUUGACGAGACGUUGAGUAUAUCAUGCAUGUAAGUUUUGCAGUUAGGAGACAGUUAAUAGCAAGUAUUAAGAGCAGUAAAAAUGAAAAAGAGAAAAGAGAUUGUUUUUGGGUGAGUUUGAUCUUCAAAAUAAAACCAUUGUGAGGAUGCAAUCUGUGAUAAUGUUUGGUAGAGAGGGGAGAGUGUUCUUGGGUUUUUCUCUGUGCUUUUAGAGCCGUCCAAGAUAUUUUUUUUGUUCAACUCUCAUUUGUACUGCUAAGUGCUAAGUUAUAUAAUUUUUAUUAUUAUGAAUGCAAGUCUGAUAAGUUUUCCAUGUUGCUC